AUGGCCCUUGUUCAAUUCUCAUCUUGUAAUUUGUUUGCCGGCUCCCGCAGCAGCCGCCACUCCUCCGUCGCCGGCCAUUCUUAUAAAUUCCUCCAAUCAACGCCGCACCGGCAGCAUUACUGCAACUUCCUCAAAGAGAAGUCUUCAUUGCUGUCUUGCCACUCUAGCAAUGACAAUGGCAACGAGGAUUAUUACUUAGAUGCUCCUGUUUCAGCGGGAGACGGGUUUUCCUUUAGCGGAGGUAAAUAUUCGGACGAGCCAAGUCCGGCUGAUGAAUGGUUCAAUCAAGGAAAGAUUGUAAAAGCACAUCCUGUUGGGGGCACUGGUGGGAAGAAGGCCAAAGAUCCAAUAUUUGGUUUGGCUAUGGGUUCUGGUUCACAGGCCUCAUCUGAUCUUUUCAGAUGGUUUUGCAUUGAAAGCGGAAGUAACGACAAUCAUCCCAUUUUGUUAAUUCACGGGUUUCCUUCGCAGGCAUAUUCAUACAGGAAAUUUCUUCCAAUACUCUCAAAGAGAUAUCAUACUGUCGCUUUUGAUUGGUUAGGAUUUGGAUUUUCCGACAAGCCUCAACCCAAAUACGGUUUUGACUACACUUUGGAUGAGUAUGUGUCAUCUUUGGAAUCUGUUAUUGAAGAAACCACCAAGGGUAAGGUCACACUUGUUGUCCAGGGUUACUUCUCGCCUGUUGUGGUGAAAUAUGCCAGCACACACCAAGAAAAGAUUACUGAUCUCAUCCUUUUGAAUCCUCCAAUCACAGAUAAGCAUGCCAAUCUUCCAUCAACUCUAUCCAUAUUCAGCAACUUCCUGUUGGGGGAAAUAUUUUCACAGGAUCCUCUAAGAGCCAGUGAUAAAGCCCUGACAAGCUGUGGCCCAUACCAAAUCAAAGAAGAUGUUGCUAUGGUGUAUAGAAGACCAUAUCUAACAUCUGGCUCAGCAGGUUUUGCGUUGAAUGCAAUCAGUCGGGCCAUGAAGAAAGAACUUAAGGCUUAUGUUGAAGAGAUGAGAAAGACACUGAUGGAUGAGAAAUGGAGAGUAAAAACAACAAUUUUCUGGGGAGAACGGGAUCGCUGGCUUAGCUUUGAUGGCGUGGAAGAUUUCUGCAAAGAAUCAAAGCACCAACUUAUCAAAAUCCCUAUGGCGGGUCAUCAUGUACAGGAGGAUUGUGGUGAAGAAGUAGCCCAGCUGAUUGCUCAAGUGGUUGGCCAAAGAAGUCUCAGUUUGUAG